AUGUCAAACUCUGUCGUCUACCAUUACCUCGCCAUUGGCAAGCUUGGCCGUGGUGAACCUAUCAAGCUGUUUAUGAAAGAUGCGGGUAUCGACUUUGAGGAACGUCUUUACGCAAGAGAUAAUACUUGGCCUGAGACGAAGGAGAAGUUGAUCAAGCAAGGACUGACUAGAAAUGGUCAAGUUCCUUGCCUUGAGUACAAGGGCCAUGCUAUGACUGGCCAUGUCCCAAUUCUGCGUUACCUAUCUCGUGAUCUUGGCCGAUAUGAAGGCCAGAGCAACGAGGACAAGUACUUGACGGACUUGGUAUCAGACAUCUACGUCGACUGGAGGGCUCAAUGGGUCAGAAACCUCAAAGAAGGCCCCCGAGCAGAGUACAAGGAUACUGCUGCUCCUCAGUACUACGAUCUUAUCGGCAAGUACUACACCGACCGCGAGGGCCCUUUUCUUCUGGGCGACGAGAUCAGCUACACCGACUUUCUCGUCUAUGUCUCUAUAGAUAACGAUACUCGAACAAAGACCAUCCCAGAGAGCCUGCCAGAGUCGCUCGUCAAGUUCAAGGCUGCUUUCGAGGCUCGACCCAAGCUUGUCGAAUACAUCAAGCAGGGAUGA